AUGUCUCGGUCCGCUCCGCCAGAUGUCGAAAGCAAGCCAGCCGAGGGCGUCUCCUACUUCACUCCUGCUCAGUACCCUAUACCCGGAUCAGCUGCUCACUUUCAAACCACUGAUCGACCCCUUCCCAAGCUUUUCCAACCUCUAAAGAUCCGGCGCGUCACUUUUCACAACCGCCUGGCAUUAUCUCCAAUGUGCCAGUACUCCGCUCAAGAUGGGCAUAUGACCGACUGGCACAUGGCACACUUGGGUGGGUAUGCACAGCGCGGACCUGGAUUUCUCAUGAUUGAAGGGACUGCUGUUCUACCCGAGGGGAGAAUCACGCCUCAAGAUGUUGGGUUGUGGAAGGAUUCCCAGAUCGAGCCUAUGAGGCGUGUAGUUGAGUUUGUUCAUAGCCAGAGGCAGAUUAUCGGUGUUCAGCUGUUUCACUCUGGCCCCAAAGGAAGCAACAACGCCCCUUGGUUGCAGAGUAGUGUCAUUGCGACCGAAAAAGUUGGUGGUUGGCCGGAGAACGUCAAGAGUGCCGGUGACAUUCCCUUUGCUCGUGAUUACUGUCGACCCAAAGCCAUGACAAAGCAGGACAUUGAAGAAUUCAAGGGUGCCUGGGUAGCCGCCGUGAAACGCGCCAUAAAGGCCGAAGUAGACUUUGUAGAAGUCCAUACAGCUCACGGGUUUCUUUUAAAUUCCUUUCUUACUCCGUACUCCAACAACCGGACGGAUGAAUAUGGCGGUAGCUUUGAGAAUCGUAUCCGUCUCUCGCUUGAAAUAGCUCAACUCACUCGCGACACUGUUGGUCCAGAUGUUCCCAUAUUUCUUCGUGUUUCUGCUUCAGACUGGGUUCAGGCGAGUCUUCCUGAGGGGACAUGGACUAUCGACGACACCAUAAAAUUCGCUGAAGCGCUCGCAGAGCAGGGCGCCAUUGACGUGAUUGAUGUCAGCUCCGGUGGUGCACAUCAAGCCCAAAAAAUUGAUUCUUUCCCGGGGUUUCAGGUCCCUUUUGCGGUUGCUAUCAAGAAAGCCGUGGGCGACAAGCUCGCUGUUGCAGCAGUCGGUAUGCUUGAUACAGCAGGGCUAGCCAACAAGAUCCUUGAGGAGGAGGGGUUAGACUUUGCUCUUGCUGGCCGUGGUUUUCUGAAAAAUCCCAAUCUUGUUUGGAAAUUCGCCGAGGAGCUGCAAGUAGAUUUUUGCAUUGCCCAUCAGAUUCGCUGGCCGUUUACUGGCCGUGGUGAGACUGAGUAUAUCAGGCCCUCGACCAAGGAUGAUGAUGUUCUUUGA